AUGCCCAGCCCGGUCUGUGGGCUCAGCUCCCUCCAGUUCUCCUGGGUGCCUCAUUCCCGGUUCCUCCUGGCAUCCUCAUCUCCCGGGGCGCUCCUGGCUCCCCCAUUGCCGGUGCCCCUCGCGACCGCCGUGCCCGCUGCUCCAGGGACCCCCGUGCCUGGCGCUGCUGAUUCUUCUGCAGCCAGGUGCUGCCCGGUUCUCUCCUCCUCCUCCUCCUUCUUCUCCUCCUCCUCCUCCUCUCCGCCCCGUCCCUCCUCCCCCGGGAAAGCGAAAGCUCGGCGGGCGGAAGCCGAGCCCUCCCCCCGGGCCGCGCCGGGGCCGCUCCGGGAACGCUCGGGGGUCGCCCCGGGGCCGCUCCGCGCCGGGGCCACCAUGGCUUCUUCCAUCGGCAACUUCUUCCGACGGAGCCUCCGGCGCCCCGGGCGCAGAGAAGGAAAAGACGAGGCCUCUGCUGCAGAGAACAACCCCCCUCAGGUGCCCCAGGGGAAGGUGGGGGAGAGGAGCUCCAUCCUCUGCUCUGGGCAGUUCUUCUUCGAGUACCUGGUGGUGGUGUCGCUCAAGAAGGUCUCAGAGGGACGUUACGAACCCAAAAUCUCCUACCAGUUCCCAAAGGUAUUCAGUGCCAUGUUUCUGACCAGAUCCAACCUUCCAAAUUUAGAGGAAAAAAGGGGAUCUCCCAGAAUCCCCCAGGGAGCGAUUGGGAAUUUGGGGGAGGGGAGUGGGGUCUCCAUUGAGAGGGUGGAGCUGGUGCAGUGGGGUGGGAGAUGCUCAGACCCUUUUCCCAUCCCCUUCCAGCCCUCUGGCCGUGGGGUCCGGCUCCCUGAGGUCUUCUGUAUCAUCAGCUGCCUGGGCUGCUUCGGGCUCUUCUCCAAGAUCCUGGACGAGGUGGAGAAGAGGCGCCAGAUCUCCAUGGCUGUGAUCUACCCCUUCAUGCAGGGCCUGCGGGAAUCGCCCUUCCCGGCUCCCGGAAAAUCCGUCACCAUCAAGAGCUUCAUCCCUGAGUCGGGCACUGAGCUCAUCGAGCUCACCCGGCCCGUGGACGCCCACCUGGAGCACGUGGAAUUCCAGGCUCUGCUCCAGCGGCUCAGCCCCCCCCUCAUCCUGCACAUCUUCGCCUCGGCCGUGCUGGAGAGGAGGCUUAUCUUCCUGGCACAGGAGCUCAGCGUCCUGUCCCAGUGUAUCCACGCGGUGGCUGCUCUGCUGUACCCCUUCACCUGGGCACACACCUACAUCCCCGUGGUCCCCGAGUGCCUGCUGGACACCGUCUGCUGCCCCACGCCCUUCAUGGUGGGCAUCCAGCUGCGGCACCUGGAGCGGGUCCUGGAGCAGCCCAUGGAGGAGGCCCUGAUGGUGGAUCUGUGCCAAGGGAAGAUCAUCCGGGCGGUGGGUGAUGAGGAGCAGAUCCUGCCCGUGAAGCUGCAGAACGAGAUGCUGAUGGCUCUGACCAAGCACAACUACAACAACAACGUGCUCACCUCCGAGCAGGUGAACGCCCUGGUGUCCGAGGCCUUCGUGCAGUUCUUCGUGCGGCUGGUGGGUCACUACCCCGCACACAUCAAGUGGGGCCGGGGCGGCUCCGGCGCCUUCCAGGAACGCUCCUUCUGCAAGGCCCUGAGCUCCAAGAGCUGCCGCAGGUUCCUCAAGAGGUUCGUGAGGACAAACAUGUUCUCCCUGUUCAUCGAGGAGGCAGAGAGGAGCAGGAUCCCCCCCGAAGAUUCACCCACCACUUGA